AUGAUUAAUGGUGAGCAUACUCAUGAUUGGAAUUAUGAUGAAUUUGGACCUGAUGUAUGGAGUGAAAAAUAUCCUACCUGUGGUGGUCAGCUACAAUCACCAAUAAAUAUUUUAACAGCAUGUACAGUUCAUAAAAAUUUUACAUCAUUUAUAUUUGCAUCUGGUUAUAAUGAACAACAUAAUUUUACACUUACAAAUAAUGGACAUACAAUUAUUGGUACAUUUAAUAAUGAACCUAAAUUAUCAGCGUUUAGAGUUAUGGGUGGUGAUUUAAAUGGAAUAUUUGAAUUUGUUAAUUUUCAUUUGCACUGGGGAGAAAAUCAUAAAUCAGGCAGUGAACAUGAAGUAAAUGGUAAUCAAUAUCCAGGUGAAAUUCAUUUUGUCUAUAGAAAUUCAAUUACAAAUCAAACAGCUGUACUUGGUAUAUUUAUGAAAAGUGUAUUUUUUAAUAAUGAAACAGAAAAUUAUACAACUCAUUCAAUUAAUGAAGAUACAAGAGCAGAAUGGCAAAGAUUUUUUAAUAUAGCACAAAACUUAGAAGAAGAAGAUGAUUCAGCAGUCAUGAAUUUAAAUUUUCAAUUACUUAUGGGUGGAAAUUUACGAGAUUUUUGGAGAUAUGAAGGUUCAUUAACGACACCCCCGUGUACAGAAGGUAUAAUAUGGACAAUAUUUAAAGAACCAAUUAUAUUUGUUGAGAGUGAAUUUAAAAUCUUUCGACAAAAUAUAUAUUUCGAAGAUUAUCGUCGCCCACAACCAUUAUAUACACGAGCAAUUUAUCGAAAUUUUCAUAAUGAAACAUUAUCGACAGUACCAGACUAUAAUUGUUGUCAAGGAAAAGCUAUUAAUACAGUUCCCAAUGAAUUAAAAUCUUCAUCGAAAACAUUUUUUCAUUCUACAUAUUUAAUUUUUUUCUUCGUUUUUAUUAUUUCAUUAAAAAAUAAAUAG